AUGUCUGACCUUUCAAAAUUCAGUGAUACUUGUGCUUAUUGCUACAAGGGAGUUUUGGAUGGAAUCUCAGUGUGUUUUUGUAACAAUUCCCUCUGCAAUGAUCAUAAAAGCAUGCAUAUAUCUAAGUUUGGAUGUGAUAUUCAUUAUUCUCUCUUUCUUUGUAAUGGAAAUGUUAAGAUUAAAUGCAAGGAGGACGUAGGUGAUUUAGAAAAAAGAAUAAACAUAAAAAUAAAGAAUGGAAUGAUAAAAUCAAAUGCAUCGAAUGAAUGUUCUCACAUUUAUGAUUCAAAUAAUAUCUCCUGUGAUUUUGAUAUAAAAAAUAUAAAAUGCCAGGAAUGUGAGCUUAGUGAAAAUCUGUGGGUAUGCCUGGAGUGUGGGUAUGUAGGAUGUGGGCGUAAACAGGAGGGUAUAAAAGGAAAUGGUCAUGCGUUGAGCCAUUUUGAAGCUACUAAAAAAACCAAUACAACAAUCCUCAUCCAAAUGUUGUUCUUAUAA